AUGGCUCAAGUGUGGUCCAGCAGCGCCCGGGAAGCCAGUAAGGCGGCGAGGAGGUUCACCUUGGAGGACUUGGAUGACAGCCUGACCAGCCUCAUGUGGCUAAAGGACUUCUCCAUCGCCAACACCAGCAUGGGCAAGUCCUCGUGCUGCCUCAGCGGCCCAGACCCCCCCAGCUAUCAGCACUUCUCCAGUUUUGCUGCCCCGUGCUCACCCCUGGCUGCUGACCCAGCAUCCAUGGGUCUGUCCCCCACUCCCUGCAAGCCCAUCUCCUCCUCAACAUCCAGAACAGAGAAUCACACCGUGGUGCUGAGCCCUCAGCUCGCAGAGGACAUUGACUACAAGAGCAACCCUUAUGUCAAGCCACCCUACUCCUAUGCCAGGCUCAUCUGCAUGGCCAUGGAAGCCAGCCAGAAGCCCAAGAUCACCCUCUCUGCCAUCUACAAGUGGAUCACAGACAACUUCUGCUACUUCCGACAUGCUGAUCCGACCUGGCAGAACUCCAUCCGGCACAACCUCUCCUUGAACAAGUGCUUCAUCAGGGUGCCCCGGGAGAAAGGGGAGCCUGGGAAAGGUGGGUUUUGGAAGCUUGACCCCCAAUAUGCCGAGCGGUCCAAGGGCGGGACCUUCAAAAAGCGGAGGAAGCCGCCAGCGCACAGCCACCCACCCUGCCCCGCAACAGCCCUGCAAGGCAUGGGGAGCCUGGCCACCUCCUCUGGCACCUCCAGAAACAUCCUCAGUGUCAACAUGGAGUCACAACUGCUGCUCAAAGAGUUUGAAGAAGCCACCAGCAACCAUGCCCUGAGUGCAGCUCAUGGCAAAGCAGGGCAGAAGCGCAAGAAGCCAUCGCCCGCAAGAACGGCCAAGGUGGCUCGGCUUUGCAGCCCGGCCCUGCUGAGCCUGGAUGAGCAGGCUGAGCUGGGAUCCCUGAAAGGAGACUUUGACUGGGAAGCCAUCUUUGACACCAACCCAAGUGGUGACUUCCCUACUUUUGUUGAUCUGGAGCUCAUGCCACCAACCAGCUCCACAGGACACGACCCAGACUUGACAGUACACGGGCACCACAUUGACUAUCUCCAGGGGCAGGAGCAGGUGCAGGUUUUCACUGAAUCCAGCCUGAACAACCACGACUUUGAUGAAACCUUUAUGGCCACUUCUUUCCUGCAACAUGACUGGGAUGAAGAGUCAAAUGACUGCCUCUCCAACUGUGUCAACAUAGAGCAGUUGUUUGAAGACAAAGAUGCCUCUUGGCCAGCAGAUGGGAGUGAGUGGAGCAGUCUGAGAUCUCUCUUAUAAAAGGCCAGUCACCAUGCAAAGGAUGCUCCCUCAUGUUGCUGGGACGAGAUUUUCCAGAGACAGAGACAUCCCCAGUGAUUCCCCAGCUUCAUUGUAACAUUAUUCAUGGAAAAAACAGAGGGAGACAACACCAGCACCACAGGGAGAGUUUGAGAGAUCUGUAACAGACACGGGAGAAGUCCCUGCUCCUCUGUUUUCACAAAUAUGUUUUUGAUAACUGUGAAGAAGGCAACAGGAAGUGCAAAUGAAACAGUGUAAUGCCAAUGACUUGUAUCUCAAGCUUUAAGUGGCAAGAGCAAAACAGAAAAUUGAAAAUACCUUUGGUUAAUGUUAUAGGUCCAAAAUAGUUGGCAGCCCUCAUCUUUUUAUGAAGUUCCAAUGAAAUGCUCUGCACUGCUUCUUUUACCUUCAUCCUUGCAUUGUUGAUGAGAAUAUCUACACAGCCAUAGCAGUUCAGGAUUUCCUUAGCUACAUCUUGAAUACAGAUUUUAUCAGAAAUUCCCAGAAGUAUGAGCUUUGGUGCACAUGUCUACUAAAG